AUGGCAGCCGUCUCGCCCAUUCCGAAGCUGGACCGCUACAUCGUCAUCCACGUUGCCACGACUUGCGACGAACAUGGCGUCUACGUGACCAAAGACUCCGCCGAGGUAAUUGAAUUCGGCUGGAUCUUACUCGAUACCAAAACCUGUGACGAGUUGCAUCGAGAAAGCGUUCUUGUGAAGCCUGUCAACACUCCAAUUACUCCUCUCUGCACGAGCCUGACCACCCUCACAUGGGAGAACGUCCGUGGUGCAGGUACUUUCCGGGAUGCAAUCAACCGCUUCGAUGCCUUCGCUCAGGAACACCUCGUCUCGAAGAAUCUUGAAUUUUCUUUCGUGACCCUCGAUUCUUGGGAUCUCCGUGUACAAUUGCCCCGUGAGGCCCGAGACAAAGCUGUCGUCCUUCCACCCUAUCUUCAACACUCCCGGACUUUCGAUCUACGUACUGAAUACCAGAGAUGGCAAACACACCACCCAGAGUCUCUGCCUUUUGGCCCCAGCUCUCUGUCUAAUAUCUGCGCUGCCCUAGAAGUCGAACCCGUCCAAUCCUCCGCUCCAAUCAAGCAUAAUCUGCCGUUCCACCUGCAGGCUCUCGCUCCAGCCUCGCCCCGACGAGCAAUGGAAGAAGCAAUUACACUAGCUCGCGUCCUCAAGGGUCUAAUCCGCAAGUCGCAGCCCCCUCAUGAGCACCCCGAGAUUCUCACCCGCCCAAUGGAUGCCAGGGCCGAUGUGCGUGCUUUCCUUGCCGAACGAAGCAAGGUCCUUCAUAUGAGUGGACUACCCCACGAUACUACUCAGUCAGAACUGGAAAGCUGGUUUACACAAUUCGGUGGACGUCCAAUUGCAUUCUGGACCUUGCGUACCCCGGACCAACACAAGCCCACUGGCACUGGUUUUGCAGUCUUCUCAUCCCAUGAAGAGGCAGCUGAGAGUCUUUGCAUGAACGGUCGGGCACUCAAUGAGAAAGCCAUUGAGGUCUCUCCAUCUUCUAGUCGCGUUCUAGACCGAGCCGCUGAAAUUUUGACUCCAUUCCCACCAUCUAAGAACCGUCCUCGACCUGGUGACUGGACAUGCCCGUCUUGUGGAUUCUCUAACUUCCAACGCCGAACUGCAUGCUUCCGUUGCUCGUUCCCUGCCGUCGGUGCUGCCCCUGACCCUAUCAAUUACGGCUACGGAUAUGGGCCCCCGUCUAUGAUGCCUCCUAUGAACCACCACGGGGGGCAUGGCAUGGGCCACUCGCGUGCGGGAGGCAAUGGAGGAGUCGUCCCCUUCCGUGCAGGCGACUGGAAGUGCGGUUCAGAGGGCUGUGGCUACCACAAUUUCGCAAAGAACACCAACUGUUUACGUUGUGGUGCUCCGCGUUCGGGAGCUGCUGUUGUUGCCGAUUCUGCUUUCCCCUCCCCUAUGGAACCUCCAUCGGGCUUCGGCAUGGGACCAGGCUCAAUGACAAGCACUCCAGCUCCUGCCCCAUUUGCUUCAACUGGUGGUGGUUUUGGUGGUUUUGGUCAACAAUUUGGUGCUCCCCCUAGCAACUACGGGUUACCAUCAGGGCUUGGAAGUGCUCCCGGCCCAUACCCACCCAUGGGUCAGAUGAACGCAGGAUAUGGCUCAGCUAAUACAUCUCACUCUGCGGCUUCCUUUGGCAACCCGGCAACUCAGGCAGCCUUUACCGGGGCUGAUCACGGACCUCAUUCAAGUGCUUCUAAUGGCAAUCUUUAUGCUAAUGACGGUUCAAAUGAUCCAUUUGCCUUCCUUUCUUCUGGGCUUGGUGGGCUAACAGUCAAUGACGACGGACACGGUCGUCGAAAUGGUGCGAGUGCGAACAAGUCACCCGCAUGA